GUGAGGCCUGGACUUCCGCUGGAGCCUGAGCUUCCGGCAGCUCGAGCGGCGGCCCUUGGCGGCUCCGUGGUUUUUGCCCUCCUUCCCUCUCCCUCCACCUCCGCCCCUGCCCCUGAUACCCCCCCCCUCCCGCCUCCGCUCGCAAAGAUGAUGUCGCUGGAUUUUCUCAACGAUGUGCGGCGGAUGAACAAGCGGCAGUUGUACUAUCAGGUCUUGAAUUUUGGUAUGAUCGUGUCUUCUGCGCUGAUGAUCUGGAAAGGAUUAAUGGUUCUGACUGGAAGUGAAAGUCCAAUUGUAGUCGUACUCAGUGGGAGUAUGGAACCUGCCUUCCACAGAGGUGACCUUCUGUUCCUGACCAACCGCAUAGAAGAUCCCAUCCGAGUUGGCGAGAUUGUGGUUUUCAGAAUUGAAGGACGAGAAAUUCCAAUAGUACACAGAGUGCUGAAAAUUCAUGAGAAGGAAAAUGGAGACAUCAAGUUCUUGACGAAAGGUGACAACAAUUCUGUUGAUGACCGAGGCUUGUACAAACAGGGACAACACUGGCUAGAGAAGAAGGAUGUAGUGGGACGUGCACGUGGGUUUGUACCUUACAUAGGUAUAGUGACCAUUUUGAUGAAUGACUAUCCAAAAUUCAAGUAUGCGGUACUUGUUCUGCUGGGGCUCUUUGUCCUUGUGCAUCGAGAGUGAAGAAUGGAUGGAGUUUGUCCAAGGAUAUUAGUCAAACCAAAAGUUUAAAAUGAAGAAAAUUACUGGCAGGCGUGCAAUUUUCCAGCUAUUUCCAUGGAUUUUUGCUUUCUGCCGCAUGGUGAUUGUGUUUUUAUUGAAGAUCAGUACUGUAGGAAUGUUCACAAGUAAUGGACUGAAAUAUGUCGCCUUGCACACACAAACAUUCCCCAUUACUUUUACUUUUUGUUUUCUGAAUCUAAACUUAUACUGCAACCUGGAGUUGGUUAGUCAUUUAGUUGGGGUGGGGAAGUGCGCAGAUGGGCAGGCAAGGAGGUGAUGGAAGCCACGUGGGUCAGUGCCAGUUUGUAUAUUGCAACUUUAUAUCUUGGCACUUAUUUUUGUUUGCUGCCGCUGUUUCAAUCUAAAUACAAAUUGGAGUGCAUAGUAGGUUUGUGGUAUUGGUCAGGAAGCAGGCCACCUCCCCAUACACUUUAUCAGCAAAUCCAAGAAACAUUGUGUCCAUGAAACCUCCAAUAUCUCUAACCAAAGCGUACACAAUACAAUAAAUGGCUGGCAGCAGCAGUUGAAACCCAAAGACGCAACAAAAACAGUGAUUAGGCCAGUGAACUGUGUGCGAAUCCAAACAUGGAGUCACAUAGAGAAUCCUACUUUGAACCCAUUUGGAGGGGGAUUUGAAGCUUGCCCAGAUUCUCAAUCUUCAUUGCAGAUUAAAAGUAUGAAAUGCCAAAUAUUGGACUGAUACGUAGAUAGGUAAACUGUGAUAUGCUGGGCAGUUGGGAAUAACUCUGCUUCCAGUUCACCUGCUGUCUUUAUCUUUUUGAUCACUUUAAAUAAGAUGAAGGUGAAAUACGUGUAUAAUUCUUUGUAUUUCAUGUCUAAACUGUGGAGAUGUUGUUUUCUUCAUAUCGUAUCCAAACCUUUUGACAACAAUAAUAAUGCUUGGCUAUGAAAAAGUUUGGUGAGUAAAGAUUUGAUAUCCUUCAUCCAGAGGUAGUCCUGAUUAUCAUUAUGUCCAUCACAACUUACAAAUUUUUCAAGUUUUAAAUGUGAGGCUGUGUGUACAUUCUGCAUUUGUGCUGAAAUGCUGUCACCUGGGUUGGAUGAAUCUUUAUAGUUGGGAGGUGAAGUGACAUUGGUAAGUUGUAACCAAGAAAAUUAUAGGAACUCACCUCCCCAUCUCUGGAAGGCUACGCUAUCCAAUAAAGUCUUACUGAGAAAUCCUCAUACUGCCUUGUGUAGCUGCUUGUCUUGCAGUGAUUAGUAAUGCGCUAUCCCAUCAGUACUUCUCUCAUGUUAAACAUUUUGGACAGACCUAGCUUAAGUCUGUUUAGUAGUUUUACUUUCACGUUUGACAUUGUAUGAAGUGCCUGCUCAUCUUCAUUUGUCACACCAUCCUCAUUCCCCACCCCACAACUGUUGACUUUUGUUGUUUUAAAGCACUGAUUGUGAAAAUUGCCCAUUUUUGUUUUUCUGGAAGUGGAUCUGGCAUACUUUAAGUAGUUGGAAAUUUUAAAUUGGUAAUUGCUAAGACUUUUUUGUUUUCUGGGAACUUGUUAUUGGGAAAAACUCAACUUCCAUACUUCAUUUACAGUUGAAAUAAAAAUCAUUGAAGUUUUGCUUUUGAACUGCAAUCAGGUAUUUCCAGCACACUGUUCAGGGAGUAGAAUUCCUUUGUUUUCAUGAAACAUUUACAAUGCUGGAGAAACUCCGUGGGUCUGACUGCCUCAAUGGAGAGAGAAAGAGAUUUAAUGUUUCAAGUCCUGUAUGACUGUUCAGAAGGACUCAGUUCUGAAAAGUUAUACCUGGCCUGUCAACGUUGAUGCUUAUUUUCAUUCUGUCCACAGAUGCUGCCAAACCUGCUGAUUUUCUCCAGCAUUCUGGGUUAGUUUCAGAUUUCCAGCGCCUGCAGUAUUUGCCUUUAUCUCCUUGUUUACACGGUGGAUUAGAUCCAAUCUGCCGUGUGUGGUUAAAUUGUGGAGUACUUAGCCCUGUAUCCCCACAGAAUUAAUUAUCUUGUUAGAGUCGUGGGAAUUCAUAAUUUGAAUAAAAUUUCUAAAAAUUA